CGGCCGGGCGGCACGUGGGUCGGAGCGGGCGGGGGGCGGCGGGUGGGAGCGGGACCGGGACCGGCCUCGGGUCUCCGGCGCCGGGAGGGGGCAGCGCCGCGCCGGACCGUCCGAUUAAUUGCUGAGGCUUUGUAAAAUGGCUUUACGCUUUCGCACUUUUAUCCCAUACGCCAUACCUGGAGUGCUGGCACUUCUUGGCUGCUGGUGGAUCUAUUCCCAUAGAAAAAAGCAUCCAAGCAACCAUAAGAGAAAAGCAAUAGCCAUUGUGGAAGAGAAGCAGAAAGAACUGCCAGAGAAUGACUCACCACCCAAAACGGAAGCAUGUGUUCCUCAAAGACUGCCUCUCUCCCCAGAAGAGGAACGCCCAGAGAAUGAAACCUCGACCUCCCUGCUGCCAGCAGGGCCGAUGACACCCUCUCUUACGCGUCAGACUCGCGAGAGGUUAGAUUUCUCACGGGACCUUUCAGCCCCAGCAAUAAGGACAACUCAGCCCAGCACCAUUGAGGACGACAGUGAAAAACUAGAAAUUAAAGAUUCUCAAGAUGAAAACAGCGUCCCUGCUUGUGUUUCUCUCCCUCUGAUCUCAAAGAGUGCUAAGUGUCACAGUGGUGCUGCAGUCAGCCCUGAAGAGGACUCAGGCUCUAGUGCAAACCAAGCUAAGUGCCCAUCAGCAUCGGUGGUGCUGACACAAGGGCCUUUUGGAAUCGCAGAGGAGAUCAGCAAUGCAGAGCAGUCAGAUGAGUCUUCAUUUAAGUCCCCUAAGGAAAGCCAGAUGCCAGAAAUCGCGCUGUCUGAUACUGGCUGUGUGACAGCCCUUCACUUGGGAUUGGAAAAGGAAGCCAAUACCCCACAAGCCCUUCUUACUAAUGAAGUUGUAUUGAGUCACCAGGAUUCUGCAGUUAGGAUGUUACCAGACAGUUUGCAGUCUGCCUGUUUGGAGCAAUGUAGGGAAGAAAAGAUAUCCGAGUCGAAUGACAGUACUGUACCUGUGUGUCAUGGGGAGGACACACAUGCAAAAGGAAAUGAGUUGGAGAGAGGGAGGAUCAGAGGAGUGAGUCUGGACAAAGAAGAAGUUGAGAAAAUUGAGCAAGUAGCAAUACAGAUAAUUUCUAAUGUCAUUUUGGCAGCAACUGAGGAAGUGCUGUCUGGUUCUGUAAGCGAUGUGUCCAGUCGGAUCUGCCAGGCUGCAGCCAGCCGAGUUGAGAGACCUCAGGAGAGAGCAAGCACUGUUUCUUCUGAUGAGCUGCUUGUGGCAGAAGCUGGAGGAGGGGAUAAGAACACAGCUCUUAAGAGUGAUGCUGCGGUACCAACAUCCCUGCCAACAGAGGAAUGUGAUCAGUGCGUGACAUAUUCCAGCUGUUCAGCACUUGGCCAUUUAUCCAGCCCGGUUCAGAGAGACGCACAAGACCAUCAGGAAAAGAACUGUGUGAGCAGUGAGUCCCAAGGAGGUGAUAGAACUCUUGUGGCAAGCCACGGAGAGUCACUGGGAAAGUCACACUUGACUGUGGAGGACUCUGGGUUUAGCACAUGUGCAUCUGAAGGUGGGACGAGUGUGGAGGACCUGUUGCAGAACACAAUGCUGUCUGUUGCAUCAGGUCAGCAUUCGGACUCACUGAGCACAUCUGCAACCCAAGACACUUCUGCUGAGCAGAGCUCAGAAGCAGGUGAAAAACCUACCACAAAGCUGCCUGAAGACAGCAAAGUGCCAUACAGUAAUGGGAUGCUGAAAGAAGACGGUUCUGAAUCGCGCCAUGAGAGUAACUGGGUGGCAGAGACGGAUGGAGAUCACUCGGGAGGUUCGGAUGUGAACAGCAUGGAUUCUGUGGACAGUGGCUGUGCCCUGGGGAAGACAGAGACCCACCAGAACUCUAAGCCAGGAGGAGAAUCCAGCAAGUCCGACCUCACUAUCUGGGAAAUCGAGGUUCCAAAGCAUUUAGUUGGCCGCUUGAUUGGCAAACAAGGGAGGUAUGUGAGCUUCCUGAAGCAAACGUCUGGUGCCAAAAUUUAUAUCUCAACACUACCUUAUUCCCACGACUUCCAAAUCUGUCACAUUGAAGGUUCCCAGCAUCAUGUGGAAAAAGCACUGAGCCUUAUUGGCAAGAAGUUCAAAGAGCUGAGUCUCACCAACGUCUAUGCUCCACCUCCACCAUCGCUGGCACUUCAUUCCCUCCCUAUAACUUCCUGGUUGAUGCUCCCAGAUGGAGUCACUGUAGAAGUGGUUGUGGCUAACCAAGUCAAUGCUGGACACAUGUUUCUACAGCAGCAUACGCACCCCACCUUCCAUGUCUUGCGUAGCCUGGACCAGCAGAUGUAUGUCUGCUAUUCUCAGCCUGGAAUUCCAACCCUGCCAACACCUGUGGAAGUUGGUAUCAUCUGUGCUGCUCCAGGCCUUGAUGGGGCAUGGUGGCGGGCACAAGUUGUUGGCUACUUCAAAGACAGCGGUGAAGUGGAGAUCAGAUACGUUGACUAUGGAGGAUACGAGAGAGUAAAGAUUGACACGCUCAGACAAAUCAGGUCUGAUUUUGUAACACUACCUUUCCAAGGAGCAGAAGUUUUACUAGACAAUGUGGUGCCACUUCCAGAUGAGGAUCACUUUUCAUCAGAAGCUGAUGCUGCUGUUAGUGAGAUGACCAGAGGGGCAGCACUGCUGGCGCAGGUCACGAAUUAUGACAGUGCAACAGGUCUGCCACUGAUACAGCUGUGGAGUAUGAUGGGAGAUGAGGUGGUGUCAAUAAACAGAACUCUUGUGGAAAGAGGAUUUGCUCAGUGGGUUGACAACUACUAGUGGUGUCCUGGAUGCCUCGACAACAUUUUCCUAACAGGGAAAAAAAAAAAUAAUCCUGUUUUGCACUGUUACAAUUCGGUUUGGCAACCUCUUACGGAAGAUCUGUUUACACCUGCCUGCAGAGUUUUGUGGUCCAUUGAAAACUGUUUUGCUCAACUGUUACCAUUUCACUAGAAACACAUACCUCAUCUCAGUGAAAGGCAGGGUGUUAAAAGCCAUAAUGAGAGAUACUGUAGCUUUAAGGCAAAAAAUUCUCCCUGGCCUCUACUUAAAAGGCAAAAGCCUUUCAAAUCCUGGGGCUUGCUUGAAGCUACCAAAUGCCCCUGGAAUGUUGGCUGUGGCUACAUUUGAGUUGGAGAUGUGUAGUGCCCAUGAAGUUGGUGUCUGCUUUUCCUGGAAGUUACAGUUGCUGUCCUUUUUAUUCUUUAAGCAGGCUCUGCCUGUGCAGUUAAUGAAUGUUAUUCAGGAAUUUAAUGUUCAGUUACGGAGUUUUCUAUAUGGUGCCACUAACGUGCAUAAAUUGCGUUCAUCUUUUAUCUUCUUGAUGCCAGGAGGUUGAUGAGCUGCAUUUGUUGCACAUACUGUGACACGUCUCACUGCGAUCGUGCUUUUUAUGCUUGAUAAGCUUAAGGAAGAAGCGCUUGAAGAGCAGGAUACAUUACCACUACAAUUUUGCUCUGAAAUAUUAUGUAUUUAAAGAAAAGAACCGAUUGCCAAGCCUAAUUGUAAUUUGUAUUUUUUCUAGCUGUGCAAGUCUGUAAAUAUAUAUUAAAAACAUUGUAAUAUUUUGUACAAGAAAAACACUGGAAACAAAGGGAACUUUACAGAAACUUUUUCACACCAAAAUGUCCUUUGUAGGUAGAACUGGUUUGGAGUGCAUUAGGGUAGCCGAUGUAUUUGGAGCAUCUGGAGAUGGGAGUGUUUCUGCUGUACUGUCCACAGGAUUAGCAUUCCCGUAGGUUGCUGUCUGGUUUGAGCUGUGAUCACUGCAUUCUUUGCUAUGUUUCUGUACAGACCUGUUUAAAAAAGAGAAAAAAGAAAGAAGUACCCAUUUGACAUUCGUGUGGCAGUGGUUUUCUCUCUCACUGUUGUUUUUCGGUUUUUGGUUUUGUUUGGUUUUUGUUUCUUUUUUUCUCCUUUUUAGAUUUAUUUGUAUCACAAACUGAAAACAUUUGUUUUUUGCCCCAGUAAUUGAAGCUGACUUAAUACUCUUAAGCACAUGCCCUCUAAUGUUUAUCACUUUAGAUAUGUAUUGAGUUGGGAUUUAUUGCUGGUGGAGAAGAUACUUGCCAGGCAAAUUAUGUAGUCAGGGCCUCCCAGGUUUUUUCAGGUGGAUUCAGGGGUGUCUUUACAUCCAAUGAGCCCAUGUGUCCCUAUGUCAUGCAUUUGGAUAACUGCCUACAAAAGUAUUUGGUCCAGUCCCUUCUGAUAUGGUAUGAUUAUCCUUUCUUGAAUUUUCUACUAUUUAAUGUUCGUAUUUGCAAUAAUUUCCAAUGAAAACUAAAUUUGGUAAUCAGUUAAAUCUAUAAUACAUAUAUCCUUUUGGAAUGUUUCUUCCCAUUUCAAUUAAAGUUCAAAUUUUAAGCCAUCUUAA